UGAAGGUCGAUUAGACGAAACACACCAUUAUCAGGCAAGAUGACUACAAAAUACACCAUCGUAUUGGUCAGGCACGGAGAAAGUGAAUGGAAUAAGUUGAACAAAUUCUGUGGCUGGUUUGAUGCAGAUUUGUCAGAGCAAGGAUGCGAGGAGGCAAGAAAUGCUGGACAGAUGUUGAAGGAGAAAGGGUUUGUGUUUGACGUAGCCUUCACCAGUGUGUUAAAGCGAGCGAUUAAGACUCUGUACCUGGUUCAGAAUGAGAUGGAUAACCACUGGAUCCCCGUCACUAGGCACUGGCGGUUAAAUGAGCGUCACUAUGGAGGACUGCAAGGUCUUAAUAAGGCCGAGACUGCAGCCAAACAUGGAGAAGCACAAGUCAAGAUUUGGAGACGAUCAUAUGAUGUACCUCCUCCAGCUUUGGAGAAUGGAGAUGAAAGACUUUCUUCUAAUGACCCAAAAUAUACUCAUCUGGAUGCCUCAGUUGUUCCCAGGUGUGAAUGUCUAAAGGACACUGUGGCUCGAGUAUUGCCUUACUGGCAUGACGUCAUUGUCCCAACUAUCAAGUCUGGACAGAGGAUUCUGAUCUCAGCUCACGGCAACAGUCUGAGAGCCUUGGUCAAAUACCUGGACAAGAUUUCUGAUGAAGAGAUUCCAGAACUAAAUAUUCCAACAGGUAUUCCACUCGUUUACGAGCUCACUGCUGACAUCAAGCCAGUGAAACAUUACUACUUAGCUGAUGAAGCUCAGGUCAAGGCUGCAAUGGAGAAAGUAGCCAACCAGGGCAAGGCUAAACAGUAGUCAUGGUAACAAUGUACACAGAAGACAGUGAUCUGCCAGCAGUUUGAUGCAUUGUUACAGAGACUCAAAAUUGAACUAUUGUUUCGUUUGGUACAUUUGUCAAAAUGUACACAUUUUGUUGAUUGAUAUGUUUAAGAUGCCAUAAGAUAUGUACAAUUAUAGUACACUAGGAUAGACUGUGGUACCACUUACUGACGGCUGCUAGAGGCUUGUUACUUAUUAUUGUAUUCAACAAUGCUACAAUUAACUCCAGUACUCCUUUUUAAAAGUAGAUUCUGUGGAGAGCAUUUAUGUACAGAGAUUAUUUAUAAAGAUGUGUUUUGUUGUCAUUUAUGUCCUUAUUUCUGUUAUUUAUGAUGCUAUCCAAAACCUUGUCUCCCCCACUAUUUUCUGGUAUGUUUAGUUUGCUCCCUGCAGAAAGCUUAAUGCUGUAAAGAUAUUAAAGAAACAAUGGCACUGAUUUAAUUACUUACCCUUUGUCAAAAUUGGUGUCCGCUGUUCCAUCCAUUCCAUUGUCUUGUCAGCUAGCAAACCUUGCAUAAUCUUAUACUUUAUUAAUCUAGGUUUACUGUUGGAUAGAUGUAUUAAAGUGUUGAAUUCAGAAUAA